GCUGUCAGUCGUCUUUGACAGCUGUUUGGUCGAAGUCGUAAUUCCGCGCAGUGUUUUUCUAAUUUUAUUCAAAGAAAAUUCGACAUAACAUUAUUUCGUAACCCGUUUACAAGUUGAACAGUGAUUUGUUUUCAUAUUAGUGUCGUGUGUGCUUCGGAAAUAAAAUUGGCUGUGAUUUUUAAAACUAUCGAAAUCGCGGUGGCCGAAAAACUUCUUUAGAAGCGGCGCGGCAUGUGAGCGAUGGCGGUGGGCGAGGCGCGCGUGCCGUUGCUGCACGGCGACCCGGCGCCGGCGCACCAUGAGAAGGUAACGGACCACCGCAGCUUGAGCGCGGGCGCGACGGUGGUGACGUCACUGGUGGCAGGCGCGUCCGCCGGAGCGCUAGCCAAGACCACCAUCGCGCCGCUCGACCGCACCAAGAUCAACUUCCAGACCUCCCAAACCCCGUACUCAUGGCGAGCCGCUGUGAGCUUCCUACUGCACAGCGCUCGCACAGAAGGCAUAAUAGCGCUAUGGCGCGGCAACAGCGCGACGAUGGCGCGCAUAGUGCCCUACGCAGCCAUACAGUUCACAGCGCACGAGCAGUGGAAGCGAGUGCUUGGUGUGGACACGCCACAAGCUGCGCAACACCACCGCAUCAAGCACUUAAUAGCUGGGUCGCUAGCGGGCGUGACGUCACAGAGCCUGACGUACCCGUUGGACAUGGCGCGUGCUCGCAUGGCCGUCACCAACGCUCAGGAAUACCGCACACUGGCAGCCGUGUUCCGGCGCGUGGCCUCCGAGGAAGGACCGAGGGCGCUGUACCGCGGCUACCCCGCCACGGUGCUCGGAGUGAUUCCCUACGCGGGCGUGUCCUUCUACACUUAUGACACGCUCAAGCACAUGUAUUUUGAUCGCUUCGGCGGCACCCGCAAUCCGUUCUCGAACAUGAUAUUCGGCGGCGCCGCGGGCGCGGUCGCGCAAACAGCGUCCUACCCUCUCGACAUAGUGCGGCGCCGCAUGCAAACGGCGCGGCGCCGGCCAGACGGGUCAUACAACUGCCGCACCAUACCAGCUACCAUCGCUUACGUGUACAGCUCGGAGGGUCUCCGCGGGUUCUUCAAAGGGCUGAGCAUGAACUGGGUGAAGGGCCCCAUCGCCGUGGGCAUAUCCUUCGCCACCUACGACUUCAUCAAGUCCUCGCUUAGAGACAUCGCGCUCGCGCUGGAUAGGUAGAACUUAUGGAGGGAAGAGUUUAACGCUUAUCCUUUUGAUUGCCGAUGGGUCGCCACAAAUCGACGCGUCCACCUACAUUUUGUUGCGAAUCAGAUUCUAUAGCAACUGUAUAAGGUGCUAGUUAGCUUGUUGUGCCGUCGUCGCUAUGGUUGUAAAAUUAUUGUAAAUGAUUAAUAGUUCUUUUUGAGGCACAGUAAAGAGAGUUUUGUUCUAUAGUUUUGUGAGCGGUUAUGUAAAUAUCAAUUUUAGCCGAUUUAUUUUUGCAAUGUAAAAAAAAUCACACAUAAUAACAUACAACAACUUUUUGUAUGGAAUCAUAACCGAAACUGUUAGCGUCAAAUAGUUCGUGGCACCCAAAGUAGCCAAAAAGUUCGCAACACGUCUUUGUUACAAUUUGAUGUUUGAAUAAGGAAUGAAUGUUUAAAAACCGCCUCUGUGGUCUAGUGGUAAGACCACCUGCUUCAGACGCAGAGGUCCCGGGUUCGAUUCCCAGUGGGGGC